AUGGCGGCAGAUGGAGGUGGAAAGGAGCUGAAUGAGAUUAAAUCGCAGUUCCGGACUCGUGAAGGGUUCUAUCGGUUGUUAACCUUAUCCGAGUCUCGGCGUGUUGGACCCGGCUUGCCCACUAGCACUGCCCCCACCUCCACCACUCCUGGCUCUGGAGGUCCCACUGUCGUUCCCUCUGUUCCCGGUGUUCCCCUGGGCCCCGCCUCUGGCCUCAGCUCAGGCUCCCUGCCGCCUGUCCGCGUUUCCAUGGUGAAGUUACAACCGGAAGAUGACCGAGAAGAAGCAGAACGGGUAUGCUUUAACAUCGGCCGGGAGCUUUACUUCUACACUUACAAAGGCAUCAAGAAGGCGGUAGAUCUGAAUAAACCUAUAGACAAGAGGAUUUACAAAGGCACACAGCCCACCUGCCAUGAUUUUAAUCAGUUUACUGCCUCUCUUGAAAGUGUCUCUCUCCUUGUUGGCUUCUCUGCAGGACAGGUUCAGUUCUUGGAUCCCAUUAAAAAGGAAACAAGCAAGUUAUUCAAUGAAGAGAGACUUAUUGACAAGAUGAAAGUAACAUGCCUCAAAUGGAUACCUGAAUCAGAAAAUCUUUUUCUCGUCUCCCAUGCCAGUGGAAAUUUAUAUUUGUACAAUACAGAACACUCCUGUGGCACAGCAUCUCCCCAGUAUACACUUCUUAAACAAGGGGAAGGCUUCACUGUGUAUGCAUGCAAGAGCAAGACUGCACGUAAUCCUGUGGUAAAAUGGACGAUUGGUGAAGGAGCUCUGAAUGAGUUUGCGUUCUCUCCUGAUGGACGUUAUCUAGCGUGUGUUGGGCAAGAUGGCUGUUUACGGAUUUUUCAUUUUGAUUCUAUGGAAUUGCAGGGAAUGAUGAAGAGCUAUUUUGGUGGCUUGAUUUGCAUCUGCUGGAGUCCAGAUGGAAGAUACAUUGUAACAGGUGGUGAAGAUGACCUGGUGACGGUGUGGUCUUUUUCUGAGUGUCGGGUUAUUGCAAGGGGCCAUGGACACAAGUCCUGGGUUAAUGUAGUAGCAUUUGACCCAUUUACAUCUAGCAUUGAAGAGGAUGAACCUAUGGAAUUCAGCGGUAGUGAAGAAGAUCUGCAUGAUCCUGUUCAUUUUGGCAGAGUGCGGACUAGCAGCACCUUGUCUCGUCUUUCUAAGCACAGUUCGAAAAGUGGGCCUUCAGUGACUUAUAGAUUUGGAUCUGUAGGGCAAGAUACUCAGUUUUGUCUUUGGGAUUUAACCGAAGAUGUCUUGUACCCACACCAGCCUCUGUCUAGAGCAAGAACACUUACUAACACUUUUAGCACUGGAAUUCCACCUUCUGUGAGUGGAGGAAGCAACUUAGCAACAGAACCUAGCACUGGUAAUGCUAUACCACGCUCCCUAUCUCGCUCCAAUAGCCUGCCUCAUCCUGCUGUUACGAACACAAGUAAAAGCCAUGUUUCAGAUGGAGUUGUUCCUUUCAGCAUAGGAAAAUUUGCUACACUAACUCUGCAGGAGCGCAAGGAUAAAAAUGCAGACAAGGAACAUAAGCGAUACCAUAGUCUGGGCAAUAUCAGUAAAAGUAAUGACAAAAUUAAUAUAAUGUCGAAACCUAAACUGGAUACAACUCGAAUCCUAGGGACAACUCUAUGCCCACGAAUGGAUGAGGUACCCCUUCUGGAACCUCUAGUGUGUAAAAAGAUAGCCCAUGAGAGGCUGACUGUGUUGAUGUUUUUGGAGGACUGUAUUAUCACAGCUUGCCAAGAAGGGUUGAUAUGUACCUGGGCUAGGCCCGGGAAAGCGAAUGUGGCAUCACAGAAUGGCAAUUCUCCAAGUGGCACUGUGGUAUAGUAAGAAACCAACUUAAGCAAGCCUUCUUUCACCAAUGUCUGUAUGAAUCUAUAGCUCUGCAUUUCAGAAAUCAUUUCCUAACAGCUAAACUACCUUGCUACGGCACGACACCAGAAAAGCCAUGACCGUUGGAUUUUAUUUAUUUUAAAUGUAUGCCUCUAACUAAUUUAUACUGUAUAUAAGAUUAAUGUAAAGUAUUGGUUGUAUUAAAUAUAUAUAUAUAUAUAUAUAAUGUAUAACAUGUUACAUAUUGUAUAUACUACUGUAUGUUAGUGUAACACUAGAGAUGAACAGUAAAUAUGCUCUGAAUAUAUUAAAACUGAAAUAUUAAUAUAUGCACUACAAUUCUACAGAUGAAAAAGAAACAUUUUGCAUCUGACAUUUCAGGUCAGUUGUGUUUUCCUUUACAAAAUGUUAAAAUAUAUCUGUAGAGCUGUGACCAAAGGAGUGUGGACUGUAGCGCAGUUAUUGAUGGACAAUUUUCAUUUGCUAAUUAUACCCUACAAAAGGUUGAAAAAGCCCACUGCUGGCCUUCUAACAAGAGUGGGAUGCAGUUCUCAUUUCUUAGUUUCUGUUUUUCAGUUGACAAACUGUUAACCACAGCAAGAAGUUUUGCAGUCUGUUGUCAUGACAUAAGUAGUGUGCAGUUUGUUAAAUGUGCGUUUGUAUGCAGUGUGUAUGUUUAGUGUUGCCAGACGCAUAAUUAAUGCGCAUUACUUGCUUUACUAAAGCAUUAAAAGCAGAAAAACGAGUUAACAGGCUUAACAUCCUCACUGUUCAAACACUGACAAAGUUGAGUAUGUCCUGAGGUCAGAGUCCUGUUACAUUUGUCCAUUUGCUACCAUCUUUUUAUUUUGCGGAUGUGCUUCGUGUUUCACUGUUGC